AUGGCCCGCGUUCCAGAUAACCUUCCGACCGACUUGUCGAAGAUCAGAAUAGAGAACUCGCAUCUGACCGAGCUGCCGCGUGGGUCGUUCUCCAAAGUGCGUAACCUGGUGUAUCUGUGGCUCAACUUCAACGACAUCACCCUCAUGAACGCACAGAGCCUGCAGGGCCUCGCGAACCUGACCGAGUUGAGGCUCCAGGGAAACAAGCUGAGCUCGAUGCCGUGGACGGCGUUCCUCGACGCGCCAAAGCUGAAGAUCCUAGACCUGAAACACAACCGGCUGGAUGUGCUCCCGGAAUACGCUCUGAGACACCUACCCGGCCUGACUUACUUAGAUAUAUCCUUCAACCAGCUUAGUGUCAUAUCAAAAGACGUUUUCCUCAACUGGCCACUGUAUAUUACCACGGAGAAGGCGUGGGGCAAAGAGGGCUUCGUCUCCAAUGUGGUGUUGGCGCUGCACGACAACCCGUGGCAGUGCGACUGUCGGCUGAAAGGCUUCGUGGAGUUUAUCCGUGCUGUGAGCCCUCCCCUCAUCCUCAUGAACUCAUACCUGAAGUGCGCGGGUCCCGACGCCAAAGCCGGGAAAUUCUUCCACGAGGUGAACAUUAAAACGUGCGUGAAGCCCGUGACCUCUGCCCUCGAGGCGAACAUGAGCGUCGCCCUCGGAGCGAGGGCCACGCUAACGUGCUUGGCCAAGGCCCGUCCCGAGCCCACCAUUCAGUGGACGUACAGUAUGAAGAUUAUAAGGGGAUUUUCUGUCACGGAAACACACGAGGAAGAGGAGAGGGUCAGCUCCAAGCUCCUGAUCCCCUCUCUUCAUCUCUCCGACCGCGGGCUCUACACCUGCAUGGCCACCAACUUCCUCGGAAACUCCUCAGCCACCUUCUGGGUGGACGACCCAGCCCGCAACGCCUCCGAUCCCGCCCCCCCUGCUGUCUCCACGCUGCCCCCCGAAGACGAGAACGUCCUCAUCGACGUCCGCAUCGCCAAGCAGACCCUGUACGGGUUCACGCUGGAGUGGCACGCGGCCACGCAGCAGCCUCCCUCGGACACAUGGUUCACGGUCCACUUUGGGAAGCACGACGCGGCCCGAAAGGAGACCAUCCACAUCGGGCCGGGCGUCAACAGCUACUCCGUCCGGGAACUGCAGCCCCUCACCAGGUACGAGGCGUGCGUGGCGUGGAGGAACCUCCCGCCCCUCCGGGGCCAGUGCGUGGCCUUCGUGACGGGCAACGGCGUGAGCGCGAUGGAGCAGCGCGAGAGGCUGAUCCACAUCGUGGUGAUCGUGUGCGCCAUGGUGCUCGCCGUGCCCGCGGGCAUGUACGCCUGCACCACCGAGACGCGCCUCGGCUGGCCAGCGUGCUGCAAGAACCCGUGGAAGAUGAGGGGUGAGGAGCUGAGGGACGGGGCGAGGCGGGGCACCUUCGACAGCCUGCAGGGCGCGUCCAACGAAGGCCUGUGCCCCGACUCGGCGGAGGGCAGGAGCGCGAGGUCCGGGACUGAGGACAGGGCUAAGGGAGGGAACGGGCUCAGCUGCAUUAGCUUCGACAUGACCACUAAAACGACAACAACAUCAUCGAGUGAGAUGAAUUCAACUUCCCAAAGUGGAUUAGACUCUCUGUCAGUUUAA